AUGAUCAGUGAGAGUUUGGACAAACUACGGCCACGGUCUAAGGAGAGCAUGUAUCACGCUCUGAUCUAUGCCACAGUAUUAGAGAUGCAGGCCAUGAUGACCUUCCAACACGACGACAUAGUGCAUGCUGGGAACACGAUGAAGAGUGCUCAGGAGGUGUGCCAGAGGUUCCGUAGGAAGUCAGGUGGUCUUGGGAGCCGAGGAGCAAAUGAUGAUCUUUCAGAAGAGCAGCUCCAUGCUGAAGUGUGUUAUGCCGAGUGUUUACUGCACAGAGCCGCUCUCACAUUCUUACAGGAUGAGAAUAUGGUUAGUUUUAUUAAAGGAGGAAUCAAAGUACGGAACAGUUACCUCAUAUACAAGGAGCUGAAUGCCUUCGUCCAAUCAGACACAGCUUUCAAAGGACCAAACCACAAGCACUUAGAGGGCGGAGUCUCUUUUGGGAUUGGGGCUUUCAAUUUGACUCUUUCACUGUUUCCUGCCCGGUUACUCAAGUUGCUAGAGUUUGCUGGCUUUUCUGGAGAUAAGGAAUUUGGCAUCUCUCAGCUGUACACGGGUGCCACCUCUCAUACCCUGCGCUCCAUGCUGUGCGCCCUCCUCCUGCUCUGUUUCUACACGUUCCUCUCCUUUAUUUUAGGUACUGGAGAGGGGGAGGUGGAAGAGGCAGAGCGACUAUUGAAGCCAUUUCGACUUCGAUACCCACGUGGAGCGAUUUUCCUCUUCUUUGCAGGUCGAGCUGAAGAAAUAAAGGGCAACAUUGAUGAGGCGGUGGCGCUGUUUGAGGACGGCUGUAAGGCCCAGCAGGCCUGGAAACAGUUUCAUCACAUGUGCUACUGGGAGCUGAUGUGGUGCUUCACCUUUAAGAAGCACUGGAAGAUGGCGUAUUUCUACGCAGACCUGCUCAGCCAGGAGAGCCGCUGGUCUAAGGCCAUGUAUGUGUACAUGAAGGCGGCUUAUCUCAGCAUGCUUCCAGACACAGAAUCCCGGCCGUUCGGGGAUAAUGAAGUGGAUCUCUUUAGACAGGUACCAACAUACAAACAGAAGAUAGCGGGUAAAUCUCCACCCACAGAGAAGUUUGCCAUUCGUAAAGCGAGACGGUACAAAGCUAGCAAUCCAAUCAGACUUCCUGUGCCUGUGCUUGUAAGAAUAACGUAACACAUUCAACACACUUCUUUCUAAAUGUUU